AUGGAUUGGACUUCAUUUAAAUCAAAAUUCGCUUAUCAAAUUUAUUUUUCUUAUACUCUUCCAGAUACUCAUGAAUAAAUGAUUGAAACAUUAUGUAAAGACUAUUUUGAGACACCACUUCAUUAUAAAUAAUCAAACCUUAGAUUUUAAGAAGUAGCAUUAUCUAAGUUAAUAAAAAAAAAUGCAAGUAUCAUAAAUGACCUACAAAAUGUUCAUGAUUUUGGAGAUUAAAUCUUAAGAAUGCAUUAGUAAUAUUUUAUAUAUAUUAUUAAUAGCAAAGAGAUAAAGAAAUAAGUUCCAUACUUCUUACAAUGA